AUGGCUGACAUAGAUCAAGCCUUGUGUGAGGAUGAACCUCCAGCUCUCACUGAUUUUAGUAUAGCUGCUGAAAAAGAAUUUUAUGCUAAGUGGGAGAGAUCUAAUAGGCUAUGCGUCCUUGCCUUUAGGAGGUCGAUUCCUGAGAACCUCAAAGGUGGCUUGCCUGAAACUACUAAUGCCAAAAAGUUUCUUGCCAAGUGGAAGAAAGGGAUGAGUUAUGAAUUUUCUGGGGGUGUUAGAGAUUACAUACUUAAGAUGGUCCAUAUUCAGCACAAACAGAAAACACUUGAAAUGACUCUUCAUAGUACUUACAUUGUUCACUCUACUCUUAACUCUUUGCCUACUGAGUUUAGCCAAAUGAAAACUGCCUAUAAUACUCAGAAUGAAUCUUGGUCAAUCAAUGAUCUUAUCUCCAAAUGUGUUGUUGAUGAGGGAAAAAUUAAAAAGAAGAAGGCUGAGGUUUCCAUGUUAGCUUCUCAUGAUUCCAAGCAAGCUCUAGCAAGGGACCUCGAAAGUUUGAAAGAUCUAACAAUCAUAUGA